GCUGUCCUGGAACUUACUUUGUAGGCCAGGCAGGCCUUGAACUCACAGAGAUCUGCCUGCCUCUACCUCCUUAGUGCUGGGAUUAAGGUAGACCACAAAAGUGCCCAUCAGUAGCAGUGUCUUUAAAUUCAGUUCCACCAUGGGAGAAUUUAACUUGCUCUGGCACCCACUUAGAUGUAGUCUCUUCCUAACUUGUUUCUCCUCUUUCUCUUCUUCCUUUGUUCUCACUUUUAUCAAGAGCAACUGUUUUAUCCUUGAAUCACGAGAUGUUCACUGUUUGGGUUUUUGUCUGAGAUUGUUUUAUUCUUCAUCGAGUGCUGCAUAUUUUUUUCAGUACCACGAUGGGUCUUUCCUCUAAAAUGAAUUUGGCCAGGUGUGAUGGCUCACACCUGUAAUCUCAGCACUUGGGAAGCUGAGGCUAUUUCCUAGAGUACCAGGCCAGCCCCCGACUCCUUUCCAUAAAUACCAAGGGAAAAUUAUGCCCUUAGGGAGGUUGAUGCAGGAGGAUUUCGAGUUCAAGGCCAAUCCAGACUAAGGAGCAGCGAUAACUAGUUCCAAAAAAACAGAGUAAGAGAGGAGAAAUCAUGUAAAUCAGACCAGAGCUUGAAAUGUUAAUAUCCUUUUCCAAAGGAGCAGGCGCAGGCACUGCGAAGGCCACAAAGAUAAACAGAGCUUCUGUUAAGGCGGACUGUGGUAAAACGGUGAGGCUCUAAAGACAUCCUCAGAUGACACGCCCACGACGUAGCCUCUGCGCCUACGUAUCAGGUCCUGUGACCACAGAGUGGCCAAGUACUUUGUGCCGAAAGAAUUCGCUCUCGGAGCCACCUCCGCAGCGCCUCAGACGCUCAUCCAACGUCCUUUUUCGCCAGCGGUGUAAAGAAACUACAUCUCCCGACAGGCAGCGUUGCCCCUUCCUCUCUCUCUCGAUCCCUGGCAACGGCGUGACGUGAGGGGACCGGGAGCCUCGGUCACUGCUGCAGUGUUAACCUACCGGGCCGCGCGGUUGGGAGUUGGGCGGGAGCAGCCGGAGCCGCCCCACCGCCGCGCUCCAGGAGCCGUCUUCCAGACUGCCUUUCCGGCCUUGCCUCCUCCGCAGCGAGGAGGGAGCGGAGGGAGCCCGGCCGCUGAACCCUGGGGGCCCCUGUCACGCGCAUGGCCUCUGCGGGCGCGCAACGGCUCCCUGCCCGGACGCGCGCGGCCGCCCGGAGCUGCUGCGGCCUCGCGCUGCGUUCGGGUGUGCGCCCGGCCCCGCCCCCGCUGCGGCCGCGACCAAUGAGGUUUCUGAUUUCCUGCAGUGUCCUCUUGCCCCGGGCUGCCCAAGGCUUGGCUGCCGAGGCUGGCCUACCACCCAGUCGUUCCUUCAUGGGUUUUGCAGCCCCCUUCACCAACAAGCGAAAGGCUUACUCGGAGCGUAGGAUCAUGGGGUAUUCAAUGCAGGAGAUGUAUGAGGUGGUAUCCAAUGUCCAGGAGUAUCGAGAGUUUGUGCCGUGGUGUAAGAAGUCACUGGUGGUAUCCAGCCGUAAAGGUCACCUGAAAGCCCAGUUGGAGGUUGGCUUUCCACCUGUCCUGGAACGUUAUACCUCUGCAGUCUCCAUGGUCAAACCACACAUGGUAAAGGCUGUUUGUACUGAUGGCAAGCUCUUCAACCACUUAGAGACUAUUUGGCGAUUCAGCCCUGGUAUUCCUGCCUACCCUCGAACUUGCACUGUGGACUUUUCGAUUUCCUUUGAAUUUCGUUCUCUGCUGCACUCCCAGCUGGCGACCAUGUUUUUUGAUGAGGUUGUCAAACAGAAUGUUGCUGCCUUUGAGCGCCGGGCAGCCACCAAGUUUGGUCCAGAAACAGCCAUCCCCCGUGAACUGAUGUUCCAUGAGGUGCACCAGACUUGAGACAAUGGAUUGUUCCCUAGCCUCUCUACCCCCGCUCCCACCCAAUUCAUAUUUAUUUGGUUUGGUUCUUGCUCUGAGAAAAGUCUACGUUCCACCUCUCAAUUUUCCCCAAAUUGGACUGUGUGCUGGCUGGAAAUGUGGGGAAAGAUAGUAAAUAUGGAAGUGAGAUGCCUAGGAAAGGGUCAGGCUCCUUCUGAAAGCCCCAUAUGCCCACAGCCUUUUCAUACUAAUUAAGAACCAGGGGCUGGGCAUGGGGCACAGAACUUUAAUCCCAGGACUUGGGAGGCAGAGGCAGGCAGAUAUCUGUGAGUUCAAGGUUAGCCUGGUCAACAUAGAAAGUUCCAGGCCAGCUAGGGGAAGUCAAAAAAGAGAACCAGGUCUGAGGUUGUCUCUGGGCUGGUUCAGGAAACCUUAAUGCCGGAUCAAGGGAAAACAGUAACUUCAUGAAGGCUUUAGUAAAUUGAACUUUUCCUCACACAGAAGUACUAGCUGGCAAGUAACUUUUGUCCUGCCUGAGAUUCCUCAGGAGAAAAAGGUAACCUGCCUCCCAGUGUAAGAAUAUGUCUGCUGCCUACUGAGUGGAAAGUGAGGAGCUGCUUUGCCUCAGUGCCAGGGUGAAGGAGAAAAAGCACUGGACAGAGUUGUCUGUACUGGUGGCUUGUACUUCAUUUUUCCACAUGGCCUGAGUUUUUAUAAAAUUUCAAUAAAUUGUGACAGUGUGAA